GUGUGUAUUCUUCCUUCUGCUCAGUUGUUGGGAGUAUUCAUUUCUGUACAACGUCUUCAGUCACCUGGCAAGAGUGUGUGUGCGCCUGUAAUAGAGGCAGUGUCUGUCAGAGUCACCUCCCCAGCUUGCAGGAUAGCAGUCACUUUCCCACUAGGGCUCCUGCCUGCACCUUUAUUGUAGCCCUCUCUGGAUACCCUAGGAAAUCUUCCCGGAUACUCUGUGAAAUCUUUCAUGGAAACACAGGAGACAGCUGUCCUCACGUUUGAAAAGAAAAGUAUUGAGCUCUGACUCUGAGGGUGCUGCUCCUCUGCAGGUGCCCCAGGCAUUGUUGUGGUUUGUGCAGCUUUCCAAGAAGUAUCUGCUAGUAAAGCGCUGCACAUCAUUGUUAUAAGAAGCAUUUAACCUCCUGGCCCUCUCUGCAAACCAUUGGCUGAAGUAAGUUUGCAAACGAUGUCCCUCUUUUUGCAUUAUUUCUAGAAUAGUGAGCUUAGGCUGCAGAACUAAAACAUGACUUUAUCUUUGCUGACUGACAGGAAUAUGGCUUAUUAUAAGCAGUAAGUUACACUGCAGGAUGACAAAAGGCUCAUGAGUUUUUUUCCCUUUCGGGUCUACAGCAGAGAGUUACAUGGAGCUGAAAGUUUCCUGAAAAAGGCGCAAUCAUCAGAGAGCAGCACAGGAGCCUGUUGUGCUAAGCCUCAUUAUUAGGUUUCCUGUCUACACAUCACAAGUCUGUUCUGCUCGUGUAACUUGGCACUGUGGUCUCUAUUGUUGCUAUCACUUUCUUUUACCUUUGGACUAAAUAUAGUAAUGUGCGGUUUGUAAAUGAGCCCGUGGUGCUAUUUUUACCUGCUCUGGUGGGUUUCAUUUGUAGAGACAAGGAGGCUGAAUGCUAUUAGACUGCUCGGUUGCUGAUACUGUCAGUGUGCACUACAGAUAAGCUACACACAGCUUGUGCCCUAUAGCACUGCAGGGAACAGACGACCGAUAUCAGAGGUCUGAUAAUCUGGAAUUGAAGUGUUGGGCCCGAGGGACUAUUAUGGCAGUGUUGGUUUAAUGCUGCUGUUUGCUAAUACAUGGGCUCCCUGCGAGAGGUUCCUGCGCCAAAUAUUAGAUCCACCUGUCAUGAGACAUAGGAACAAGAUGCAUUUCUUCAAGACCUAUUCCUACGAGAUCCAGCUAGAUCACAGGACUGAGAGCAUGCCAAGCUCUAUCCAGGGCAUCAGAUGGACGCCGCUUCCUGAUAUUGUAUCUCAGGAGGAAUACAGCCAAACUGUGAAACAGGUUAUAUCACAUAAGGUUUGGAGAGCAGCAAAGGUUUUGUACACAUACCUGCUUAGCAUGUCACCUACCUUGAUGCGAGAUAGAAAACAUCAUUUUCGAAACCACAGACAUUGCUGUUCGGGAAAAGAGCUUGUAGACUGGUUAAUCGGAAUCAGCCCUGGAAUCCAGUCUCGAAGCCAGGCUCUGGGUAUUUGGCAGGUGCUGGUGGAUGAGGGUUUUCUGGUGCAUGUGCGACAAGAACUGAAUUUUCAAGAUAAAGAGUCACAAUUCUAUCGAUUCUUCAAGGCAGAGCUGUUUCUAGGGUCAUCAAUGAGUGAGCGAGAUAGUGAGGACGAACUACAUGAAUCACUUGUUUUCUUAGCACAGCUGGGUCCAGCUGCUUUGCUGACUAUGAUUCUUCGCAAGCCUCCUUAUCAGAGAACUGAAGAGGAACUGGAAGUGAUAUUUGAAGAAUUGCUACAUAUUAAAGCAGUGUCCCAUCUAUCCAACUCGGUAAAGAGAGAAUUGGCUUCUGUUCUGGUAUUUGAAUCCCAUGCUAAAGCAGGAACAGUAUUGUUUAGUCAAGGUGAUAAAGGCACAUCCUGGUAUAUAAUAUGGAAAGGCUCUGUGAAUGUGGUCACCCAUGGGAAGGGCCUGGUUGCAACACUUCAUGAGGGGGAUGAUUUUGGACAGUUGGCCCUUGUAAAUGACGCUCCAAGAGCUGCUACUAUUGUUUUACGAGAAGACAACUGCCAUUUCUUACGUGUUGACAAACAUGACUUCAAUCGUAUCCUUCGGGAUGUUGAGGCAAAUACAGUGCGUCUAAAAGAACAUGGCAAGGUGGUGUUGGUGCUAGAAAAAAGUCCACAAAUUUCUGGAAAUAAUUUGCAGACACCAGCGCACAACAAACACAAGUACACUGUCAUGUCUGGGACAGCUGAUAAAAUCUUAGAACAUCUGUUAGAAACCAUGAGGUCGGAUUCAACACCCAAUAACCUAGAAGACUCACUUGCUGCAAAUUUCCUUUUGACACACAGUAUUUUUAUGCCAACGUCUCAGCUGUGCCAGGCUCUGCUUCAUCAAUUUCACAUGGAGCCAUCUGAAGUAAAUGAGCCUGAAAAGGCAAACUACUCCCUUCACAAGAGGCAAAACGUUCUGAGACUCGUUAGUCUAUGGGUUACUCUUUAUGGGAGACUACUUGAUUCUGAGCCAAGUGCCAAAAGCUUUCUGGAGAAACUCUCUGAAUCUGUUAGUAGAGAUCCUCAUCUCUUUGGUUUCUUACGGGAAAAUGUUCAGGACAGACGAAAGACCAGAACAAUGGAGGCCAGCUGUGGCAACAACUCACCACAAAUAAAGAUUCACAGCAUUGGAAACCUUUUUUCCAGUCUGGAGGAUGAACAUCCUGGUAACUCCUACACCAUUCAAGCGUAUGACAAAGUUCCAUAUGAUAUCUAUCGGACAGACCACUCGUGUAUCACCAUUCUGCUUCCAGUGAAUGCUUCUGUGCAGGAAGUCAUCACUUCAUUAACAUCAAAUUAUGGAUGCCAAACUGACCAAAUUUUAGCCAAAGUGAACUCAAGUGGAGAACAAGUUUGUUUAAAACAUGAGGACAUAGGAGUUUUUACUUCUUUGGGGGUGAAUGAGAGACUCUUCAUAUGCUAUUCUCAGGAACUGGCAACAUUGAGUCCUCUUCCUGAGCAAAUGGGACCAAACAGUAGUAGCUAUGAAAUCCUGGAUCUUAUCAGCUCAAAAGACCUUGCAAAUCAGAUGACUGACAACGAUUGGAACUUAUUUAAGAGUAUUCAUCAGGUGGAACUGCUUUAUCACACAUUUGGGAAGCAGAAGUUCCGAAAUACAACAACUGCUAACUUGGAAAGGUUUAUGAAACAUUUUAAUGAAGUGCAGUUUUGGGUAGUUACAGAAGUGUGCCUGUGCAAUCAGGAUGAACGGAGAGCCCAGCUUCUGAGGAAGUUCAUUAAGUUAGCAGCUAAUCUAAAGGAACAGAAAAAUUUGAAUUCGUUCUUUGCUGUGAUGUUUGGCCUCAGUAAUACAGCAGUCAGCCGUUUGUCCAGGACCUGGCAGAGGCUGCCAAAUAAAACCAGGAAGCUCUAUUCCAUCUUUGAGAGACUUAUGGAUCCCUCUUGGAAUCACAGAUCUUAUAGACUGGCUGUGGCCAAACUCAGUCCUCCCCUUAUACCUUUUCUCCCACUCAUACUAAAAGACUUGACAUUCUUGCAUGAAGGGAACAGGAGCACGUUAGAGAAUUUAGUGAAUUUUGAAAAGAUGCGCAUGGUUUCAAAGACCCUGCAGAUGUUUCAUCACUACCGAAGCCAGGCAUAUAUUCCUCUGUCACCAUUACGGUCCCGUCCAAUCCACAUCCUAGAAGAGACAAACACUGCUCGGAUAUCUGCCUGUUCGGAGCACUCAAUGACUCUAAGAAGUCCGGCCACAACAUGGGCUUAUAUUCAACACAUGAAAGUAAUUGAUAAUCAGAAGAGGUUAAUGGAGUUGUCUCGUAACCUGGAACCCCCCUAAAUCUUUAAUAUUUAAAAAAAAUAAAAAAAAUCUGAUUUUUAGAAGUGGGAAGUCAGCACUCUUAAAGUUCCUGCAUCAGGGGCACAACUUAAAAGUUAAUUGUUGGCCAAUAUUUGGGCUUUUACACUUUAUGAACAUGCUUGCACAUUUAACUUUCACUCUCUAAAUCUUUUUUAGAUAUUAGGAGACCAUGUACAAUUGUAAAUACUUACAGUUAAAUCAAAUAUCAAAAUAUGUUCUUGUACAGCAGACUCUGAACAUAGCGCCGUUUGUUUUUGUUAGAUUAAAAAUGUCAAAUCAAUUCCCACAAUUUUCAGUUGUAAAACUUCAAAAACAUGAUGAUGUCAUUGUACUGUAAUUAUAUUAAGAUGGAAUGGAUUUUUUCUUGUGUGUAAUAUAAAAUAUAUUUAUGAAAGUAAUAAGAAAACAUUAAAUUAUAUUUUAUUAAUCUAACUCUUCCAUUCACAGCGUUGUUAAUCAAUUUGAUGGAUGGACCUUAUAAACCUAAAUCCCACCCUAAUGCUAAACAAACAUUUUAUGAUCGUUGCUGAAAAAUAUGGAUUGUUUUUCUUAAGCCAAAGAUUUUUAUCUCCAGGAGAGAACAAAUACAGAUUAAAAUUAUAAUUGAAUUUUAUUCAUUGAGCAGUCACAUUUUUCACGUGAAUAUAUCAUAAAAUCACUAUAUUAUGUUAACCGAUUGGCAGACAUGGGGUUAAAUACUAUAACAGGUUUAAAACAUCAAGCAAGAUAUGAGAGCAAACUCACUUCUACACAUCUGUUGCAUAUUUUUAACAAUUGUAAUAGGCUGGUGUGGUCUUGCUAGCUUAUGACUAUGUAUGAUGUGCAGAUCGGAACAAUAAAAUAUGUAAAUAUUUGUAUUUCUCGUAA